GGUUGGGUGAGUGUCAGACACACACACACAGAGGAACAAGAUGAAGGUGACGUGUUUCAAUAUCCUGAGAACCACACCACCAAUUUCUUCUUUCAACACCAAACCCAUUUCCUCAAUUCAUCAUCUCCUUCUUCGUUCUAACCCUAACCCUAACCCUAACCCUACCCUUCUCUCCAACACCCAAUUCACCUUUACUACUCCACCUACCAUUUCCAUUCUUCAUCCCAAGCGUAGUUUCCGCGGUGGAAUUGUCGCCAUGUCUUCGCCUACUACACCUGGUUCUGUCAACAAAUCGGAGGAAGAAUGGCAAGCUAUUCUCUCCCCUGAGCAGUUUCGGAUUCUCAGACAGAAAGGCACCGAGUACCCUGGAACAGGAGAAUAUGACAAGUUAUUUGAGGAGGGAGUCUACAGUUGUGCAGGUUGUGGGACUCCACUCUACAAGUCCACGACAAAAUUCAAUUCCGGCUGUGGCUGGCCAGCCUUCUAUGAUGGUGUUCCUGGAGCCAUAAACCGCCACCCGGACCCAGAUGGAAGGAGGAUCGAAAUAACAUGUGCUGCUUGUGGGGGACAUCUCGGUCAUGUAUUUAAAGGUGAAGGAUUUCCAACACCCACUAACGAACGACAUUGUGUCAAUAGCAUUUCACUGAAAUUUGCACCAGCCAAUUCUUAGUUUUUUACAAUGAAGGCCACUGUGAGAAUGUGAUGCUUAAGGUCCAUAAAUAAGUAUACACAGUACUGAAAUUGAUAUUGAGGUUUAUAGACUGAUGUCUACCUAAAUUAUGUAUGUAAGCUUAAACGAUGUUAAACUAGCUGUUCCUUUACUCUCCUCCUCUAUUAGAGAUUGCAUUAUCAUUAUGUAUUUUCACAAGUGCUUGUGUUGUUUCCGAGUCUGCGUUAGAGAUAUGAAGUAUCCACAGUUGUUGUUUAAUGGUAAAUAAUCAAAUUAAGGGUGUGGAAUCUUUAUCCAUUGAUUGCA